AUGACUACUGCUAAUUCAAAUAAAUAUACUAAUUUUCGUAUGGAUCGUCUUUUACGUGAUUCUCAAAGUGAAAAUAUUCUUCCACAACAACAACCACAAAAUAAUUUUUGGCCAUAUACUCAAAAUUUUUCUCCUAUACAACAACAAUCCUUUCCACUAAAUUCACAACAACAAUAUUUAAAUUCAUUUCAAUUUCCGUCACCACCUUUUUAUAAUUUAUCUCCAAAUUUUUCAACAUUGUUUUCCCCUCCUCCAUCUUCUUUAAAUACAAAUCCAUUUUUAACAGCAUUUUUAACAUCCUUAUUUCAAAAACAAUUUAUUCUUAAUCAAUUACAAAAACAACAAAUAACUUCAAUAUUUCAACAAAAUACACCUCCGGUAAAUUUUAAUUAA